AUGUAUCCAUCAGUUUACAGUUUACAUCUACAUCUUGAAGAUCAACAACUGGUAGCUUUUCAUGCACAUAACGACCUUAACAAUGUUCUGAGAUCUGAUUUUACGGCAAAAUCAAUGUUGACUGAAUUUUUUUCAACAAAUCAAGCUAAUGAAAAUGCACGAAGACUACUGUACAAAGAAUUUCCUGAAGCUUUUGUUUGGAAUCAACAACAUAAAAUAUGGACUCCAAGAAAAAAGAAAACUGUUAUAGGCCGCAUUGUUACAGCAAGUCCAUUCGAAGGUGAAAGGUAUUACUUACGAAUAUUGUUAAAUCAUAUAAGAGGCCCUUUAUCAUUUGACCACAUCAAAACAGUUGGCAAUGUCACUGCACCAACCUUUCGUGAAGCAGCUACAUUACAUGGUUUGUUACAAAGAGAUACCAGUUUGCAAGAUUGUAUGCAAGAGGCUUCCUUAUACCAAAUACCACACAGUUUAAGACGGUUAUUUGCAACAAUUUUAGUAUAUUGUAACCCAACAAAUCCUAGAGAACUUUGGGAAUACUUUGAACAAGAUAUGUCAAGCGAUUUCCAAACAAGUGUUGCAACAUCAGCAGAUAUUAGGACAAAAGUCUUACGAAGCAUCUCUUCUACACUUGAAUCGAUGGGAAAAGACAUAAACAUGUUCCAUUUAAUAGAACAUGAUGUUUCUUUUGAUCAGAAUGAAACUGAAUCUAGGGAAAUAAAUGAUGAAUUUGCAGUUUUGAUACCAGAAGAAGAUCUUAUGGCUUCGAUGAGUCUUAAUCCUGAACAACAACAUGCAUAUGAAUCAAUUUUACAGAAAAUCCUUCUAAAUGAAUCUGCUGCAUUCUUCAUUGAUGAUCCUGGUGGAACAGGGGAAACAUUCUUAUAUAAAGCACUUCUCGCUACAGUGAGAUCAAGAAACUUGAUUGCUCUUGCAACUGCAUCGUCUGGUGUUGCUGCAUCUAUUUUACCUGGGGGUCGAACAGCACAUUCACGCUUCAAAAUUCCAUUAGAUCUUGACAAAAAUAGUACUUGUUGUGUAAGCAAACAAGGUGCUCUUGCCAAAUUGUUACGUCUUGCAAAGUUAAUCAUAUGGGAUGAAGCACCUAUGUCUAGAAAAGAAUGUAUGCAAGCAUUGGAUAAAAUGUUACGAGACAUAACUGAUUCAAGAUUACCAUUUGGUGGAAAAAUUAUCGUAUUCGGUGGAGAUUUUCGUCAAGUCUUACCAGUGAUUCGUAAAGGCACAAGACAAGAAGAAGUUAAUGCCAGUUUAGCAUCGUCAUAUUUGUGGUCCACUUUAACUAAGAUUAGUUUGAGUGAAAAUAUGCGAGCAAGAUUCGAUCCAAACUUCUCAAAUUAUUUACUUCAGGUCGGAAAUGGAACAACACCAAUCACAAUUGAGAAUAAGAUCAAAAUUCCCAGUGAAAUGCUCAUUCCUUACAAAAAUGAUGUGGAGUCUUUAGAUGAUCUGAUCGAUGCAGUCUUCCAGGAUAUUGGCAGUUAUUCAGAAAAUUUAUCCGAAAUAACAAAUCGAGCUAUAUUGACACCAAAGAACAACUCCGUCGAUGAGAUAAAUACAAUACUUAUUCAAAGAUUUCCUGGUACAGUUACACAAUACUAUAGCUUCGAUGAAACGAUUGAUACAUCAGAACAAGGCAUCAUGGAGGAUUUCUUAAACACAUUAACACCAAAUGGACUUCCACCCCAUGAAUUAUUACUAAAAAAAAAUUGUCCUAUAAUGUUACUCAGAAAUGUCAAUCCUUCAGAAGGUUUAUGCAAUGGAACACGUCUUAUUUGUCGCAACUUUGAACGAAAUAUCAUUGAUGCUGAAAUUGCAGUUGGUCACCACACCGGAAAAAGAGUUUUCAUACCAAGGAUUCCUUUCUUGCCAAAUGCAGACGAUAAUAGUGGCUUCAACAUGCGGACUGUCUAUACAUCAAUCAAAAACAUUACUCCAAGUACAAGAAAUUGGAGCAUCAAGAUGAUUGUGUCAGACAAAUCACCCAAACGUACUGCACAACAUUCACCAACAAAAUAUCAAAAUCUGACAUUGAUAGACCCUGAGGGCAACCGACUACAAGCAACAAUUUUCGGCAAAGAUAUAGACCUACGUAAUGACAUGUUACACAUAUUCCGGUCUUACUACAUCAGUAAUGCUUAUGUUAAGCCUUUAGAUCCCAAGCAUAGAAUUGAAGCACAUGGAUACCAGUGGAUCUUAAAUUCAAGAACAAUCAUCGAAAACAUUCCAGAUGACGAAGUGGAAUUACAACCACCAGAAUAUGAUAUUAUCCCAUUCACCAAUCUGCAUGACUACAAAAACACUGGAACUGAAAUAGCUAUUCUGGCGAUCGCAAUAUACAUGAAACCUCCCAGAGAAAUUACCUCAAUACAUGGGCCAACAAAAAUUCAAGAAAUAUAUGUUAUCGACCAGAGGUAA